AUGAGGUGCUCCCAUCCCCUGCGGAAAGAGGCGGGCCUGGCUCUGCUUCUAGCCACCUUCACCCUCCUCCUCUUAAGUCUGCACUGGUCACCGCCCACCUGCCCCCGCCUGAAGGAGCAGCCGCGCGCCCCCAAGGCUCCGGACUGGCCCUCACCGCACUUCCGCCCCCCGCCGGCCCCUUGCGGGCCCAACACCUCCAUGAUGUCCCUGCCUAACUUCGCAGGGCAGCCGCGGCACAUCCGCGACUUCCUGCUGUACAAACACUGCCGCGACUUCGCGUUGCUCCAGGAAGUGCCGCCCGACAAGUGUGCGGACCCUGUCUUCCUGCUGUUGGUGAUCAAGUCCUCGCCCAGCAAUUACGAGCGCCGGGAGCUGGUGCGGCGCACGUGGGGCCGUGAGCGCCAGAUUCUCGGCGUCCAGCUGCGCCGCCUCUUCCUGGUGGGCACCGACUCCAACCCGCUGGAGGCACGCAAGGUCAACCGGCUGUUGGCCAUGGAGGCGCAGACGCACGGGGACAUCCUGCAGUGGGAUUUCUACGACUCAUUCUUCAACCUCACGCUCAAGCAGGUGCUCUUCCUACAGUGGCAGAAGACGCGGUGCACCAAUGCCAGCUUUUUGCUCAACGGGGAUGAUGACGUCUUCGCCCACACAGACAACAUGGUCGCCUUCCUGCAGAGCCACAACCCUGACCAGCACCUCUUUGUGGGCCACCUGAUCCACAAUGUGGGCCCCAUCCGGAUUCCGUGGAGCAAGUACUACGUGCCGAAGGUGGUCAUGGAGGAGGAACACUACCCGCCCUACUGCGGAGGUGGUGGCUUCCUACUGUCCCGAUUCACGGCCGCCGCCCUGCGCCACGCCUCCCACACCCUGGACCUCUUCCCCAUCGAUGAUGUCUUCCUGGGCAUGUGCCUGAAGCAGGAGGGCCUGGAGCCCGCCUCACACAGUGGUAUCCGCACGGCUGGCGUUCAGUCCCCUUCCAGCCGCCUGUCCUCCUUUGACCCCUGCUUCUACCGAGAGCUGCUGCUGGUGCACCGCUUCUUGCCCUAUGAGAUGCUGCUCAUGUGGGAUGCACUGAACCAGCCCAACCUCACCUGUGGCAGGCGGAGACAGGUCUACUGA